GCUCUCAGUUUACCUUUUACUUUGACAGUAACUCUAUGUGAUAUGUUAAAUUAUCAACAAAGACUAAUGUAAUAUUUUCCUGAAAUAUUAUAAGUUUGUAAAUUAAAUUUUUUUACACAAAUAUUCAGUAAUGACUAUGAUGUCUCGAUCUGUGCGUGCCGAAACUCGGAGUAGAACCAAGGAUGAUUUGAAGCGAGUUAUGCAAGUUGUUGAUAAAGUUCGUCACUGGGAAAAGAAAUGGGUAACUAUUGGUGAAACAACAAUGAAAAUUUACAAAUGGGUGCCUAAAUCAACGUUAGAUCAAAAAAAAAAAUUGAAAACAGCUAUUGAAAAAGACUCAUGUGUGCCAAGGAAAGGUCUUGUAGAUACCUCUAGUUUCAGCAUCACAGAAGAUUCAAACACUUGUUUCUCUACGGUUAGUGAUUCUCAAGGUCUUACUGACUUUUCAACUCAUUUAGGUUUUUCUGAAGAUUCAAAUUCACAAAAUGGUGAACCGACUUUAAAACGGCAGAAAUCAGAACGAGAUUGAAAAUUCUAACUUAUAUUGAAUAAUUAUUUUAUUUUCAACGAGCUUUAACUAUAGUAUGAAAAAUAAAAGUAUAGAUAGAAGAAAAU